UGUCAUGCAUGUGUCUUAUAUUACUUAUGUAGCCCAGGGUCUUGGAAAGACUUUCCUCAGGAUGUCUGAAAGUUUGCAUUGUGAUUGUGUGGAAAACAUACAUUAUCUAUGCAAAAUCUGUUAUUAAAACCAUGGCAGUUCACCUGGAUGUUGUGCAAGCAGUUGGUGAAUUCGAGACCUUACUGGGUCGACUACAUGUGCGAAAUUUGCCGGAGUUCUUCGAGCUGGUGGAGGAGCGGAUCGCCCGGGAACGCCAGGCCAGUGAUCAUGAUGGAGUCAAGGGUGCCGAAGGGGGUGCGCAGGCUGAAGAAAGCAGCAACUGUGAUGUGAUGAUGCACAGCAUAGCCCACGAUCUCCGGACUCACUCGCUCCUUCCCCCAGACGCUGUGGUCAAGUCGGAGAGGAUAUACCAUCCAACUACCGGCGAGUUUGCUGCGUUGGACCCCGUCACUGUGGUUUCGGUGGACAAGUUCUUGUACGAGGACGACGAGGCUAUCGAUGAGAUGUGCGACGAGGGGAUGCUGAGCCGCAACUACUGCCUGGACUGUGGCUCCCAUCACACGGCACCACUCAAUUUUGUAUCACACUCUGCUUCGCUGCUUCAGCUGAAAUUUAUGUUCCAGAAAGCGCUUCCUGAUCUGGCUGGCAAGACAGUAGUCGACAUCGGUUCACGGUUAGGUCCAGUCCUGUAUGGAGCUUACUUCUACAGCAGUGCCUCGAGGAUAGUAGGAAUUGAAAUCAACCCCGAGCUAUGUGCAAUUCAAGGAGACAUCAUCAGAAAGUUUGCCCUGAGAGAUCGCAUCGAGGUCAUUAAUGCUGAUGUGUGCACGGAGGCUGCAGUGCUGGAAGAAGCUGAUGUCAUCAUUAUGCAUAAUGUAUUUGAAUUCUUCGCUCCACCAGAGGCCCAAGUGAGCGUUUGGAAAUUCUUGAGGAAAACGCUGAGGAAGGCUGGCAGCCUCUUGGUGACUGUCCCGUCCCUGGAGAAGUCCAUGGAAGCACUUCAGUUGUCAAUGGACCUCCCCUCUUGGGUCAAGCAACUGCCCUUGGACCAUCUGUCCAUGUGGAUGCGGGAAGAGGAGGCCAGGGAAGAGGUGCAGCUGAUCUGUCUCUACCAGCUCCUGUGAAAUAUGACGGUAACAAGCCCUAAAGACCCCCCCCACCACCACCACCACCAACACCUGGGUAUAACUUCACGGAGUUGCUGAAAGUGCAGGACUUUGCCAAGCCCACCGAUGUUUGCGAAGCAAAAAACCCUGAUAACCAGUCAAUGUAUCAUGCAGUUGAUUACACUUCUGGCUACCGGGUAAUUUCAUAUCUUAAGCCAUAGCCUUCGCAAAACCCUUUUCUGCUAAGCUGCCUCAUGAAGUUGGGCGCCGGAGCAUGCCACAUUCUUGCCUGUAUACCGAGCCAGGAGAGCUUAACGAAACCUGACACCAUUCUAACACCCCCCCAGCUCUUUGCAUGUCUCCUCCCAGCUAUCACUUGCUUCAGGUUGCUAAGUAAUCUAGAUAGAAUUUGCCUCUAAUUCAUGGGGUGUGCGAUUGAAAUAAAAAUGCACUACCGGUAGGGACGCUGACAGUCUCUAAUGACACAUAACAGAGUUUAAAUAGCCAGCCAGCUGUAACUAGGAACACGAGUGCAACAUUUAAAAUAUGCAGAUAACACAAGCCCCAUAAUAUCUCUUUUCCUCUUCCAAUUUAGGGAAAUCUACACUUGGGACGAGCCACUCAUUAGUGCCAUCUCUAACCCUUUUUUCCACCGUCUUAAAUGUACAUCUAACUCCUCCAACAUGCUCAUUGAGGAUGUUACGAUGUACAGGCGUGUCAUACAUAGUGUGGACCUCUGCACAAAAGAAGUCCACAUAAUGCAGGGUACGAUGGCGUUGUG